GGUUGACUGCAGCACUUCCUCGAGGCGGAGAGACAGGAGCGCGCUCCGCGGGGACGCGCACGGAGGGGAAGUGGAAAAGGCGGAAGAAAGGACGUUGAAUAAACUUGCCAACUUCUAGCCGACUGGCUAGAAAUACCGUUAGAGACUAUGUUACAGAGAAACCGGUGACUUAUUUAUAUUCAGAUUAGUUUAGCUAACCCACCGCCCUCUCUAAAUCCAGUCACCGCUCUAUCAACUCGAUACACGGCACGACCACGGGACAUCUUUCAAACAGACGUUGUUCAUCCGACCCGAAGCCAUCCACCGUUACAAAGUCACAUUUAGCUGUUGCUAAAGUGCUCUGAGAACCAGUCAAUUGCACGACGUUACACACAACCAGUCCGCUGACUCAGCGGGAGUCCGCCGUUUUCCUUCUUCUGGGAAAAGUUGUCCGCGGUCGUUGGAGGUGCCAACGAGGCCUGCAGUCGAGGAGGCUGCAUGUGUGAGGACUGUUUGCUGGCGAGGAGUGACUCACGCAACGUUAGCUAAACAAUGUCGGCCCAGGCACAGAUGCGAGCGAUGCUGGACCAGCUCAUGGGGACGGGGAGAGACGGAGAUUCCAUGCGGCAGAGAAUCAAAUUCUCAGAUGAGCGGGUCUGCAAAAGUCACCUGCUGGAUUCCUGUCCUCAUGACAUUCUCUCUGGCACCAGAAUGGAUCUGGGAGAGUGUAUGAAAGUCCAUGACCUGGCUCUCAGGGCGGACUUUGAGAUUGCCUCUAAAGAGCAGGAGUACUUCUUUGAGCUUGAUGCUGCUGAACACCUUCAGUCUUUCAUCGCUGACUGCGACCGCAGGACCGAGCUGGCAAAGAAGAGACUUGCAGAGACGCAGGAUGAGAUCAGCGCGGAAGUUGCUGCAAAGGCUGAACGUGUCCACGAGCUGAACGAAGAGAUCGGGAAGCUGCUGGCCCGGGCGGAGCAACUCGGGGGCGAGGGGAACGUAGAUGAGGCCCAGGAGGUGCUGGAGAUGGUGGAAAAGACUCGAGCUCUGAAGAAGGAGGCAGAGGAUGUGUACAGAAACUCCAUGCCAGCCUCCAGUUUUCAGCAACAAAAGCUCCGUGUGUGCGAGGUGUGCUCUGCCUAUUUGGGUCUUCACGACAACGAUCGUCGUCUAGCCGACCACUUUGGAGGCAAACUGCACAUCGGGUUCAUUGAAAUCCGCGAGAAGCUGGAUAAGCUGAGGAAAGCAGUGGAAGAAAAACAAGAAAGAAUGCGAUCAAGAAGACGAGAGGAACGUGAGAGAGAUGACGAGAGGGAGCGCCAGUGGGAGCUGGAACGGGAACGGGAAAGGGAGCGUGAGCGAGAGAAAGAGAGGGAGCGAGAGAAAGAGAGGGAACAAGAAAGAGAGCGUGAAUGGGAGAGACAACGCGAGAGGGAGAGGGAGCGAAGGAGGUCCAGAUCUAGAAGUGGAGAACGAUACAGGGACGGGGGCACCUCAACUUCCUCCUCCCACCACUCUAGACGCCACCGCUUCUCUCGUUCCAGAGAAGAAGGCGGCGACCGAGACCGGGAGAGAGAGAGGAAACAUAGACACAAAGAGCAUCAUCGCUCGCGCUCCCACUCUCACAGGCCCAAGAGGAAGAGGUCCUCCAGAGAAAGAUCGUCUCACACUCGCGAACGAGAGCCCUCGCCGUCCCAGGAGAUGUCCAGACAGGGCACAGCGGGAGAGGGCUGGCGUGAGGACAGGCCGGAGUACGUCGAGUGGGAGGGCGGGGAGAAGCCCCCCUCUGCGGACACGGCCCGGCCCAGAGAACGGGAGCGGUCCCUGUCGUACGAGCGGGACCGCCGCUCCAGCUCCGAGGAGCGGGAGUCUGGCGAGAUAUGAGCGGAAGCGGAUGCCUCCAAAGUCUUCGGCUCGGAUACGUCGCUUACUGAAAGGAGAGUGGGGAGACGCGUGUGUGUUGGUGCGAAUGUGUGUGUGCGUGCUCAUGGUAGGAGCAUCAGCCGGGGGGGGGGGGCAAAGGAAACUCAAUGUGGGCAUGAGGGAACAAAUUCUGUGGUGGCGGUGAAGGAAAACAUGCAAAACCAACUUUUAUAAGUCUGAAUUUGUGAAGCGGUCUGGUCUUUUAUUUUUAUGCCAUCUUGUUGAUUCUAUGUACAGUUAUUUUGACAAUGACAAGUGAGCGAGGAAACAGCAGCCCUACUUGUCUUUUUAUUUUCUUCCCCCCCCACUUUUUUUUUUUUAAUCAUUAGUUGCAAC